UCUAGAUCUCUAGCCAUAUAUGACCUCUUUCUUGUAUUAAACCCUAGCUCCACCAAUCUCUCUCUAAAACCAACCGCCAUGGCGAGCAGCUCCGAUGUCAAGCUCAACGAAGUUGAUUUCACCGGCGAUGAAGAGGAGGAAGAAGCCAUCUUCCACAUGUACGAAAGCGAAGCUGAGUCGAUUCGAUGAAUGGGUGAACGGGUUGUUCGACGAAGGGCGCGGGUUGUACGGUCGGGGGAACGGAAUCGUGAAGCUGUUGAAGCACAGGGGGACUGGGAAAGUUCGACUGGUUUUUAUGAACGCAAGCACGCUCAAGAUCCGCUUAAAUUUUGAUGUUGUUUCACCGAUCAAUCUACAAGAGAAGUGUGGGGAUAACGCGUCCUGUAUUUGGUAUGUGCGGGAGUUGAAGGAGGAGAAGUUAUGCAUUCGCUUCAGAUCCGUUGAAGAUAAUAAGGAGUUUAUGGAGACUGUUGAGAGAAUUAAUGAAUCACUGCGUAGAGAUGAAUAAGAGCGCAAAGAUGUCACCUCUGCAGCUGGGCUGCUUGAGGAAUUGAGCGUCAGAGGAUGUAAUGUGGGCGGGUUUCUAAUGGAAUCAGAAGAAGAUGCCGCCGAAGAAGAAAAGGCCGUUGGAUGAUGCAUAUUUUCUGCAAGUUUUUUUCUCUCUUUCUUCACUUUUUUCGGAUGGAUA